UUGGUUUGUGAAAUGCAUGAAGAAGAGAGAGAACUUCAGUAUUCGCUCAAAGCGGAAUACUCUUCACAAUGCACUGGAAAGCUACAGAUGUGUUCGGUGGCUGGCAGCAGUGACCAUGCUGUGUUUCCGUAUCCCGUUCUUUCUGGUACUCCUCUCUCAGGUCCAAGAAUCCAUCCAGGGUCUGGAGGAAUUCUCAGUGCCUGAUGAAUGGGUCCUGCUUCAUGUUGUUCAAGGCCACAUCGGCGCAGGCAACUAUAGCUACCUUCGCCUCAACCAUGACGGACGCAUCAUCCUACACAUGCUCAGCCUUAAAGGCGAUGCCGACCUAUACGUCUCGGACAAGACGCUGCGACCGGACUUUGAUACCUAUAAGCUACAGUCGGUCACCUGCGGCCAUGACGUGGUCGUCGUCCCAAGUGACUUUGUUAGACCGGUGGGCAUUGGGAUCUAUGGGCACCCCUCUUACACAGAGAGCGAGUUUGAGAUGAAGGUGUUUUAUGAUCAGACUGCUUUAACCGAGGACCUGUUUCAAAAAGAUUCGUAUUCUACAGAGCAGAAUCACGAACAUCCCAAAUACCCACAGCCAGGCACUUCAGAAGAAUUUGAAGAAGAUGAGCCCAUCCUGUGGACCAUUCUUAUUGGGAUCCUUAAGAUAAUACUUGAAAUUUUGUUUUGAUUAUUGAUGUAUUUUUUUCCCUUAGGAUUGAAAGAGCAUGAAGUAUUGGCCAAAGUAAUACAAGCACUGGAGCAAAUUGUUCUUUUGGUAAACAGGUUAAAUUUUUCUCUAGACCUAGAUCUUAAUUUACUUAACAACAACAACAAAAAAUACAGUUCCUACUUAUGUUUUCGCUUUAUCACACACAAAUAGCAGUUUCACUGUUGAUUUAAGUGAUUGCUUAACUAUGAUUUUGUCUGUUUGAUUGUAGUUCGUUCAUUUGCAUUGCUCAUAUACUAUAAUCUAAUAAUUUUGAAUCUGCUGAGGUUCUGAGCCCUAUGCAAUCACCCAAAUCAGCUUUUGGAAAGAAUAACAACUGUGCCUUUUGUCAUCGUCCUUUCCUUAAGAAGUGAGAGGCAUGAUACGAUGCAACCAUAACAUUUAUAACAUUUUCAAAUAAAGUCAGUCACUUGUGCAAACUGCA